CAAACGCGACAUACAGCGGUUUCAAUUGUAUAAAUAGACGUAAAUACUCUUCUUUCCCGGCCAUUGCCAAAGCUUGGAUCGGAGAUGGUUUUCCCCAAAAAUUUCAGUUUCAAUUUCAGGUGCUGAAACAUAACCAUCACAUAUCGCAACACAAUAAGAAAAAAAGUAAUUGAAUCGCGUAUAUGGGGGACGGAAGAGUGAGCAAUUCGGGAAGCAACAGCAGUAGCAAGCCGGAGUGGCUGGAGCAGUACGACGUGAUCGGCAAAAUCGGGGAAGGAACCUAUGGCCUUGUUUUCUUGGCCAAGAUAAAGUCCAACCGUUCCAAAUCCAUAGCCAUCAAGAAGUUCAAGCAGUCCAAGGACGGUGACGGCGUCUCUCCCACCGCAAUUCGAGAAAUCAUGUUGCUUAGGGAGAUUUCUCAUGAGAACGUGGUAAAGCUUGCAAAUGUGCACAUCAAUCACACAGACAUGUCGCUUUAUCUGGCUUUUGACUACGCUGAGCACGACCUUUAUGAAAUCAUCAGACAUCACAGGGACAAGGUCAACCAAUCUAUCAACCAAUACACCAUUAAGUCAAUUUUGUGGCAGCUUCUUAAUGGGCUAAACUAUCUUCACAGUAAUUGGAUUGUUCACCGGGAUCUAAAGCCAUCGAAUAUCUUGGUAAUGGGUGAUGGGGAAGAACAUGGAGUGGUGAAAAUUGCUGAUUUUGGCCUUGCAAGAAUUUACCAAGCACCCUUAAAGCCACUAUCUGAAAAUGGGGUUGUAGUGACCAUUUGGUAUCGUGCGCCUGAGUUACUCCUUGGAGCUAAACACUAUACGAGUGCUGUAGACAUGUGGGCUGUCGGCUGCAUUUUUGCAGAGCUUCUCACUCUGAAGCCUCUAUUUCAAGGGCAAGAAGUCAAAGGGACACCAAACCCAUUUCAGCUUGACCAACUUGAUAGAAUAUUUAAGGUUCUAGGCCAUCCCACGCCAGAAAAGUGGCCGACUCUUGUAAAUCUUCCACAUUGGCAGUCUGAUUCGCAACACAUUCAAGGGCGUACAUACAAUAAUGCUGGACUUUACAAUGUAGUCCAUCUACCUCCGAAAAAUCCAGCAUAUGACCUUCUGUCAAAGAUGCUUGAGUAUGAUCCCAGAAAAAGAAUAACAGCCACACAAGCUCUUGAGCAUGAAUAUUUUCGCAUGGAACCUUUGCCGGGUUGCAAUGCAUUGUUACCUCCACAACCAGGAGAGAAAGUUGUGAAUUACCCAACUCGGCCUGUGGACACAAGCACUGAUAUUGAGGGAACCAUCAGUCUCCAACCCUCUCAACCGGUAUCUUCUGGGAAUACUAUGUCUGGGUCGAUGGCAGGUGCCCAUGUAAUGCAAAAUAGAUCAAUACCUCGGCCAAUGCCCAUGGUAGGCAUGCAGCGGAUGCAACCUCCAGGAAUCCCUGCUUACAAUCUUGCUUCUCAGGCGGGUAUGGGAGGUGGUGUAAAUCCUGGUGGUAUCCCUAUGCAACGGGGUGUUUCUGCCCAGGCUCACCAACAGCAGCAGAUGAGAAGGAAAGAUCCUGGGAUGGGAAUGACUGGAUACCCUCCACAGCAGAAAAAGCGCUUCUGAGGUAAUAUUGCUUGCAGCUUUUCAGUUUUAUUCUAGAUAUGUUUUUUUCUCUCUAAAAUCCACUUGGAAAAGUAGAGUCAGUGCCAUUGUGCAGUCUUGGUAGCUAUUUUUAAUGUUUUGACGGGAUAGUUUUCCAAGAUUCAUUAGAUAUGACAUAUUUAGUAACAAUUACUUUUGAGGAGGUUUGCUAAAAAAUUUACCGCUGCGAAAUUCUUUUAUUUGAGAUAGUU